GGAAACAGUUAUCAACAUUUUUCACCAUUUUUUUGAUAUCUUAUGGACCAAUACACUAAUUUAUUAAUCGAGAAAAUAAUCCACCAUUAUUGUUACAUCAUUUUUGAAGUGCAGGCUGUUGGUGGUAGUUUUUAUGGAUGAUUUUGUUUCCCGUGGCACACGUUAUCUUUUUCCCACCCGCAUUCUGCGAAGGCCCGCCCUACACUGCCUCUGAUUGGCUCUGACUCUGAUAUUCUUACCGUCACCCAACCAUCUCACUCCUCAUGCCUGAACCUAACCAAUCGAACCAACGAAGACAACGAGUACUAGCCAAUCAGAGUAGAGUAGGCAGAGUUGGGCGGGUCUUCACGGAAUGCGGGUGGGGAAUAGGCGCGCUGUCCUGCCCUGCUUCCAAACUUCCGGGGGAUUGUCUCAUGCAAUUAGGGAACUUCCUCCUCCUGGAAACCGCCUCUGAUGCCUUGGUUCCCACCCAAACAAACAAAGCUCAGUUGGAGAUUUUUUCCCCCUCAGAAACGUUUAACAGCUCCGCGUCCAGCCAACUGAUUCCCGUCAGCUGACUGGACUUUUUUUUUUUGGCUCGGUAGGCACGGAUUGACAGCUCCGGUUUGGCUCUUCAGAUGCUGAGAAAGAUUUGUUGAGUCAAGCUAGCUAUCAGCACACUGAGCAGCACAGCAGCUGCCUUGUAAGUUAACCACCCCUGCCCCCCCCUCCCCCUCCUGUUUGCUGCGCUGCGGUCUCGUCCUGAGCUUUUCCAAACUCUGUUACUAUGAGUGCAAUGCGCGUGGAUGCCAAGGUUGUGAUGCUGGGAAAGGAGAGUGUGGGGAAGACCAGCUUGGUGGAGAGAUACGUUCAUCAUCGCUUCUUGGUCGGCCCGUACCAGAAUACUAUCGGUGCUGCUUUUGUAGCCAAACCAAUCCAGGUGGGAGAGAAAGUGAUUACCCUGGGAAUAUGGGACACAGCUGGAUCAGAGCGCUACGAAGCUAUGAGCAGAAUCUACUACAGAGGAGCCCGGGCAGCCAUAGUCUGCUAUGAUCUGACUGACAGCAGCAGCUUCCAGAGAGCUCGGUUCUGGGUGAAAGAGCUGCAGAACUGCGAGGAGCACUGUAAGAUCUACCUGUGUGGCACUAAGAACGACCUGAUUGAAGCAGAUCGGAGCCUGCGCCAAAUCGAUUACCACGAUGCUCAGGACUUUGCUGAAGAGAUUGGGGCGCAGCAUUUUGAAACCUCCAGUAAAUCAGGAAACAAUGUGGAUGAGUUGUUCCAUAAAGUUGCUGAGGAUUACAACAACACUGCCUUCCAGUAUAUGACAGCAGAGGAAACAGGCGUUGACUUGGGCCAGAAGAAAGACUCAUAUUUCUACUCCUGUUGCCAUAACAACUGAUCCUGAGCAGCAGGAAGGGAGACAGAAGAGGUCACCUUCCCUUGGCUGGAGUAAAACCUGGAUAUGCUGGAAGGGUAUUGGAUAACUCGGCUUUGGAUCUGGUAUCCAAAUCACAGAAAAAGAAAUCAAGCAGUACUGUUUAUACCUUGUUAGAUAUGUUUAUUUCUUUUGUGCCAUAAAGAACUGAGGACAGCGGAUUUUACCCGAAGAGGAUUUACAACUGCUGCAGCUGUUGUUGGGUGGAGAGCCAUUUAAAAACCAACACACACACUUUUUAUCCAGUUAUGUCCUGUGUUUUGUCCCCAUGUCAACUAGUCAUCUUUCUUCUGUAGCUCUGAGCUGGACCAUGGAAGUAAACAUAUCCCUAAACACUGCAGUGAUAAACAAUCGGAAGCUGCGCUGUGGUUAAAAGAUGACCUGCAUUGGAGAAGAAGUUAAAGCAAUGCUGACGAAAACACGGACUAGCGGAGAAAACUUGAAUGAGGCUGUUGAUUGCUGUAGCGAGCGCAGUGCUUCAGGACGGUGAAUGUUUUGUUUACAAUAGUUAAUUUUUGUUCACCUUCAACCCUGAGAACAGAGCAGCUGUGACUCAUUGUAACAUCCUGAUGUGAACUCACAGGCUUUUUGUUGAAUUUUGUAAGAUAAAGGCUGAAUGGGCCCUCGCUGGCCCUAUUUGACACACUGGUUUGGCUCGCACAUCCUUGUUGAAACCUACACAAAGUUAAGUAGGAUAUAAUAUGUCAAGGAACAAAACACUCCUCCCUCCCUCUAACUAUGUUCUCAACCAAAUAUAAUUGAGAUUAAUCCUAAUUAUACCUUUGCAAAUUUGGUCUAACAAAUGAAAUGAUACCAAUGAUCUUUAAGAAGGCCUUUAUACCUGCAGUAGAAAUGGCAGGACUGUGUGUGUGUGGUGUGUGUGUGUCCAAAAUCAACCUUCUGAACUUCAGCUCCUUAAUGUUUACCACAGCGUUUGCCAUGUAACAGCAUGUACAACAUGUAUCUAGUACAUCAUCUUUUUUGCACCAUAAGCUAUGAUUCUGUCAGAAGCAAAACAAUAAGCUGAUUUUAGGUGACAGUUACUGAAAUUCCUACAUCUUUGUCAUCAAAUUGCAUGGCCUAAACUGACUGAAAGAAAAUUUUGAGGACAGUUACUUUUCUACCUUUAAACUCUAAAUUUUCUAUUUUGUAAUUUCAAAUGCAUAUUACACAUCUGGAAAUAUGACUGUCACAUUUUCUUUCAGUCUUUUCUAGCAGUGAGGGCGAGCUCAGAAAGGUUUUAGGAAAAACUGAAGGCUUCACCACUUGUUGACGGUGAGGAACUGCAGAUUUCACCAACAGGAAAAAGCUUUGUGGGUAAAUGUUGUAAUAUGGCACAAACUGUCAACUCUGUGUUCUCAGAACAAUAUUUACAGCUAUAUUUAACAUAUGUAAAAUCUACUCAAGUCACUAAUUUAUUGCCUUUUAUGUUGUGCUGCCAGACAGACAUGUGGAGAGAUAAAUGGACACAUGUUGCUGCUUUGAUGUUUUGAUCCUCCACUUGUUGAUAAUUUGAUGCACAAUAUUUUUAAUGAAAGUUGUUAACGAGAGACCGGUGUAAAGUACAAAUAUGUUCUGGAAAAAUUAAAAUCUUCUUGAAAGAAUGUUUCAGAGUUCUGAUAGACCUUAAAUUUUGUAUGUAUUUAUCCACAAUUUAAGUUUUUUUGCCCUUGUGUAUAAUAUCUGACCUUUUUAUGCAAAAAGUGACAAAAUAAUUGCAAUAUACUGUAUGUUAAAUUGUAAAAAUUUGUUCAGUGUAUCGCAAAUCAUCACAAAUCUUUGCAUUAAUGCAUCAUUGCCUACAAAACUGAAUUUGUGACAUGCUUAAAACCUUUUUUUUUUGUAUUCAGUUUUUUAUGUCCUAUUUGCAGAUAAUUUUACUGGUUUCAAAUCGCUCAUGACCAUAAUAAUCUCAUCUCAUGCAUCCCGACCCUGAAAGUUAAAAAAAAAAAAAAAAUUGUGCCUCAAACAGGAUUUUACCAUGAGUCAAAUUUAAUCCCUUGAAACCAGCAAAAACUGUCACUAAAACAAAACAAAUCGACUUCAUAUAUCUCAUCCUGUUCAGUGUGAACACAAGGGGAAGUCACCUGUGAGCUUGUGUUUUACAAUUAAAUGUUGUAGUUUUAGAUUUAGUCCAUCACCUGUGAUUUAAUUGCCAACCAUUUUCAAAAUCUUUUCCAGGUUGAGAGCAUUUUCACAAAUGUCCUCGGUGGUGCAUUCAGGGACGCUCUGAUAUGUGAGAACUGAUUAUCACCAGUCAGAAAGCGGUUUUCAUACAGUAAAGAAACGAGGAUGUAUUGAAAAUGAUAAAACACUAAAUCUAGAAACUUAAAAUAUGCUAAAAUAAAGGUAAAAUGGUACAAAAAAGAAAUCUGGAAACUACUGACAACUCCCUUUAGUUUUUUUUUUUUUUAAGGACAAAUUGAAAAGAUAAAAUAAUUUUCUAACUGGGACGUGUUCAGCAGUGUCGUUCUCACCACCAAUAAAA